AUGACAUUAACUAUUCGCGCAACAAGUUAUUUUUCGAAUAUUUACGAGAUAUUUUCAGAGAAUUCGAACUGGGUUCUCUUUUCUCUCGUAGCACUAUCGUUGCUCCGGUCCGGAAUCAAGGUUGCAAAAACUGGAAAAGCUUCGGUGAAGGAUGCUCUGGAUGAUUCGUCGGCAAUUAGUUCAAACUUACAAUCAGUGAACCUGUAUAUUGGACAUGGAAACAAGAUUCCGGACGAGGAUACCACAUUUGCACAAAGCCUUUUAGCAAGAUUUUAA